AUGAAAAUUAGAGAAUUAAUACCACUCUUAACUUCAAAUCCACUCUUUUCAAAAGGCCCAUAUCAAAAAAAAUCAACCUCAUCAUCAGAUAAUGAAUUAGCAUUUUCUCCUAAAAACUUUUUAUCUGUAAAUAAUCAAUCAUCAGAGAUUUAUUACUACUGUCCGAUCGAACAAAAAAUAUAUGUCAUUAAAAUAGAAUCAACAUUAGAUAAUACAAUAGGUUCAAUUAAAUAUCAAGAAUUAAAAGUUAAAAUAGAUUUCGAAGUAUUUAAAAUUGAAUUAAAUGAAGAUUCAAGAUAUCUCUCUAUUGUUGGUAAUCUAAAUUGCAUUGUAGUUGAUUUAAACCCACAAACUGUAAAUUCAUACUUUACCAAUAAUGAAAUAUAUCAAGAUGGAGAAAAUAAAACCAUUGGUUACGAAUCACUCAAAGUUAGAUACUCACCAAUUGAUAGUCCAUUUUCAAACAUAUCAAGUAUAAUCAAACAAGUCGAAUGGCAUCCAUUAAGUAAUAUUCAUUUAGCUAUACUAUAUUCAAAUAAUAUUUUAAAAAUUUUUAAUAUUCAAAAAGAAAAAGAAGAAACAAUAGAGCAAACAUUCAAUUUAGAAUCACUUUACACCUAUGAAUCAUUAAAGAAUUUAAAGAACAACAAUAUUGAAAUGGAAAAAAAGAAUACAAAAAGUUUUAUUUCAUUUUGUUUUGCUCCCAAUAUUAAUUUUUGGUCAAAAUUUACUAUAUUUUUAUUAUGUAACGAUGGUGAAGUUUACAAUUUAUGUCCA